AUGCUUGUCUUCAUGGGCAUGGUACCAAGGCCUCUCUUACAAUUAGUUGUCUUCACAACCAUGGCCAAAGCCGCAAUUACGGAACAUGGCCAAGCUGUGUCAAGAGAAUGGACACGACACUUUUGUGGGCGACCAUCUCCACUCGUGCUGGGAGCUAAUACCAACAGGUUCAAUCUGGACCUGGCUGAUGGCGAUCCUUUUCUCUAUCCUUUUUAUGUGGUUGUUGCUGUAUCAUAUUUAUUUUGGUAA